AUGAUCAAUCGUGUACCUGGGUUCGCUGCAUGGGUGGGAAUAGAGGUACUUGGGAAGCCUAAGCCAGGAUCAAAUGUCUUUAUCUCGGCGGCCGCCGGAGGUGUCGGAAUGUAUGCCGGACAAUUGGCAAAACUCAAAGGGUGUCGAGUCAUAGGAAGCACCGGCUCUGACGACAAGGUAUUACGUAAUCAAGAAAUUGACAUGGAAUAGCCGACUAAUAAUAAAAUCUCAAAUGGAUAAACUCUAUUUGAAUAGUUAUUACCUUCCAUAAAAGAUGAGUGGAUAGUUAUUUGUUUACAUGAACGGAUAGUUAUUGGCAUGUGUAGAGUCCACUUCUUUAUUUGUAUACAUAUUAUUAGUUGGUGACACCACGUGACAAUACUGAUG